AUGCCGGCGCACCCGGUUACGAGGCCACCCAGUCCUACGGCCAGAUUCCUGCAGGGCUCUAAAGCUAGUAAGAGACUACCACACGAGAUUCCUGGUACAUUUUUCAUAUUCGCCGAUAUAUCCCUCCGCAAGGCUGGAGAAUACCGGCUGCUAUUCACGCUGAUGAAGAUGGGAAGUGACGCAUUGAAGCCCGGCUCUCGCCUCAACUUUAUUGAUUUGGUCGUAAGCGACAUGUUCCGAGCUGUCAACGCAAAGGAUUUUGACCAGGUGCAUCCUAGCACCCCUCUCGUGAGAGGGCUGCUUUCUUCCGGCGCAGGGUUCCCGUUGAAGCUGAAGAAAGGCACGAGAGAGGGGCGGAGGAGACGGCAAUCGCAGGGAGGAUCUGGAGGAUCUGAAGACGAUGAAUCAGGGGAUCAUGACACAGUUUACUACUGA